CAGAUUGUAAUCGUCUUAAUUCUAUCUAACUCAGUUGUAAGCUGAACUUAGACGCGCGCGGUCGUGUCUCAUUCAUGUGUUAACACAAAAAGUGAUUCCGUGAAAAGUGAAAUAAAAAUGAUAGAGAACUUAUCGUCAAUCGUCGAAGCGUUAAGCAAAACAUUCAGCCAAGUGUCGACGCUGCUGGGUAUACAAUGGGCUCCCAUGGACAUCCCCAUGUCCCGUCGCCUUCAGACCUUUGCAGCUUUCCUCUGGAUCUACCUCAUACUCUUCGGAGAAGCCUUUGCUGUAUAUCUCUUCAUUCGACUGGUAUACUCCAAGUAUUGGUGGGCGGCCAUACUCUAUGGAGUAUGGAUGUUGAAUGAUAUCGAAAUUUGCAACCGUGGUGGACGAUCGUCAGAAUGGGUGAGAAAUUGGAUAUGGUGGCGGUACCUUGCCGACUAUUUUCCAAUCAAGCUAGUAAAGACUGUCGACUUGGAUCCUUCUAAGAACUACAUGUUCGCAUGCUUCCCCCACGGUGUUAUAUCCCUUGGAGCCUUCGGAAGUUUCUGCACAAACGCCUUAGACUUCAAAAAACUGUUCCCUGGCAUGACUUGCCAUCUCAUCACUUUAGGAGGACAUUUCCUAGUUCCUUUCUUCAGAGAAUUGGCUUUGGCACUUGGAAUAUGCUCGUCUUCGGAACAAAGUCUUCUGUAUCUGUUAGACAAGAAGAAGUAUGAAGGGAACUGCGCUUGCAUGAUUAUCGGAGGUGCUGCUGAAGCUUUGGAUGCUCAUCCUAAAGAGUAUAAAGUGAUUCUCAGUAGAAGGAAGGGAUUCAUUCGUGUUGCGAUGAAGUCUGGGGCUGCUCUAGUUCCAGUGUUUUCUUUCGGCGAGACGGAUUUGUUCCGUCCCCCGAACAACCCUGAGAACAGCCUGCUCCGUAGAUUCCAGGAGAAAGUGCGUCAGAUCACCGGUAUCUCCCCGAUGUUUCCCAUGGGGCGUGGAUUGUUCCAGUAUUCUUAUGGCGUACUGCCGAUCAGGGCGCCUGUCACUACUGUUGUUGGUGCUCCAAUGGAAGUGAAAAGGAACUUGGAACCUACAAACGAAGAGAUAGACGCCGUGCAUGCAGAGUUCACACAGCGACUCCAGACUCUCUUUGAAACGGAGAAGGUGAAAUACCUGAAGUAUCACGAGGAAGCGAGGCUAGUUAUCACAUAGGCAAUCUGUUUUAUUUUUAUUUAAUUCCAACAUGUACAAUUUCCCAUUUAGAAGUACAAGAGACAGAAAAAAUAACCUAAUUAUUUUUCACAAAUGUGAUUGGCUCAAUAAAUUACGCCAGUUACGGUCAUUGGUCCGCCAUGUUAGACAGUUAUUACGGUUUGAAAAUGGGUGGUAACUAAAGAUAACUCGAUAUACUGUUGAGUACUUUUUCUAUUUGUUCAAAACUCAUAUUUCCAUGUUUAAAUGUGUUGAGUAAAAAGCAGAGUAAAAAAUAAAUUCUUCUAUGAGUUUAAUGGUUACUUCAGUAACCUCUUGCUUUAAAUCAAUUUCAUAGGGUCGCCAGUAGGUGCCUACUUCUGUCAUAUCUUCUACUAUAUCAUAAGCUUCGUCAUUGAAUUUACUAUGUUAAUUAAUUUUAUUUAAUGUCUUGCAAUUUAUACCUAAAGCAAAUCAGUAACCUAUAUACUUUAGUAAAAUUACUAAUGCCUUUGAAUCAUAGACUGAUUGAUAUUAUAAUAAUUAUUAUUAAUUAGUUGUAAGUUUGUUACAAAAAGGGUAAAGAUAAAUAAAAUAUAUUUUAGCGU